UUCUGUCCGUCUCUCAUCACUACCCACGAGAUUUUCUGUCUGUUUUUCCGUUUCCCCUUUGUUUCUUUCUCCCAAACCCUGUUUCUUCUUCUUCUUCUUCUUCUUCUUUCAGUUUCUUCUUCCACGAUGCCUCAUCACAGUGAGAAAGACCCAUCAUCAUCACCGCAACCACCUUCACGUGCCAUUCUAGACACAGUACAAGAAAUCACCACCAUCUACCGUUCACUGCCACCUCGACCUUCCGUACAAGAGUUGGAAGCAGCCACGUCAACGGUGGACACCGUGAACAACGUGGAGCAAACCAAACUGCAUGAAAUUUCUGUGCAGAAACCACCCCACGAUGUCCCUCAGGAACUUUUCUCUGUCCUGCAACAGGUUAAGAAGACCAUGGUCCUGUUCCAGAGCCAGGAACAGAGAAGAGAGGCGCUCUACCUUCUUGAAAUUGAAAAGAUGUUUCAGACAUUCGGUGAUCUCAUUCUGAAGGCUUCUGAUUUGGUUUCUGGGGAUGGGGAUUCUCACUCCCAGAACCAGUUACAGAAACUUCCCACUAUUCAUGAACACCUUGAGACAAUUUCAACACUUGAUGAUGGAAUUUUGAUGAGGAAGGAGGAGGAGGAAGAGGGAGAACAGCAGAAGAGUGAUUUGGGAGUGGAAAAGGGUUUCUCUGUCAGCAAGGCGUUCUUGUCAGCAGGUGAUGGAAGCCCUGCCAAAUUAAGUCUCAUGAAAGUGGCUACUGUUGUUGAAAAUUGUGCUAAAAGUGGAGAUACAAUCCUUGAUCUCAGAGGGAAGUUGGUGGAUCAGAUGGAGUGGUUGCCAGUUUCAAUUGGGAAAUUAUCUGAUGUCACUGAAGUGAACCUAUCUGAAAACAGACUCAUGGCUCUUCCAGCAACCAUUGGGGGACUCAAGGCCUUAACAAAGCUUGAUCUUCAUUCAAACCAGCUGAUAAACCUUCCCCAGUCAUUUGGUGAAUUGAUAAACCUUGUUGAACUGGACCUUCAUGCAAACAGAUUGAAAUCACUUCCUACAACUUUUGGAAACUUGACAAAUCUCACUGAUCUUGACUUGAGUUCAAAUGCGUUCACACAGUUACCAGAGACAAUUGGGAGUUUAAGUAGCUUGAAGAGGUUUAUCGUUGAGACAAACGAGCUUGAGGAACUGCCUUAUACAAUUGGGAAUUGCUCCUCCUUAUCUGUGCUGAAGUUGGAUUUUAACCAGCUCAAGGCCCUUCCUGAAGCAAUUGGGAAGCUAGAAUCUAUGGAGAUUCUCACUUUGCACUAUAAUAGAGUUAAGAGGUUGCCUUCAACAAUAGGUAAUCUAUGCAACCUGAAGGAACUUGAUGUUAGCUUUAAUGAACUCGAAUUCGUGCCAGAGAACCUGUGUUUUGUAGUUACUUUGAAGAAAUUGAACUUGGGAAAUAACUUUGCUGAUCUAAGAGCCUUGCCAAGAUCAAUUGGGAAUCUUGAAAUGCUUGAGGAGUUGGAUAUAAGUGAUGAUCAAAUAAGAGUUUUGCCAGAGUCUUUUAGGUUCUUGUCGAAGUUGAGAAUUUUCAAAGCUGAUGAGACUCCUCUUGAGAUGCCACCAAGAGAAGUGAUCAAGUUGGGUGCUCAGGAAGUUGUGCAGUACAUGGCUGAUUAUGUCGUUGAGAGGGAUGCAAACCUUUUGCCAUCAAAGAAGAAAAAGAAGGGAUUUUGGUUCUGGUUUUGCUCUAUAUUUUGCCCUCAACAGAAAUGAUAUUUUUAGCAUGACCUUGCUAUUGUGUUUCUUCAAGUUAGACAUUGUUUUCCUAAUAAAAUGACCUUGCUGUAUAGUUUUGGGUUUUCCUUGUGAACUGUAAAGUAUGUUUCUAAAUUUUGAAUUUCUGUUUUAUCUUUGUAUACAAGAGAGUGCUUGUAAUAACUUUGAUCAUUUGAUACUCUUGUCAUUUGCAAAUGAAAUGAAGAUAUAAUGGUAUCAACGCCGUUGAGUUUA